CAUCCUCGAGAGCCACUUCAUGUUCGUGUAAAUUCUGACGAAACCAUGGUGUAUCGGCAAUGCAUUCAGAGAAUUCGAGCGGCUUCAACACCAUCUCGAACGAUGACGACGACGGAUGGCGCGAAGCAGCACGACACCAACGCACUGGUCGACAAUGUCCCUGUCGUGUUCAACCCUAAACGGCGAUCGGCGCAUGAUUCAGAGUUAGUGUUAGAACUAUAUAAACAGAUGCGAAUGGAUGCGAAUAAUCAAUGA